GCAGAGAUACCCCGUCCGGUUAGUCUUCAGCAAAAUGUCCCGCGGACCAAACGCAGCUCUCGUCGUUGUCCUUUUGCUGGCCAGCUCCUGCUGGUCGGCGCCGGAGUGCGGUCGCAGUACAGAACAGUGCCACGAGCGCCAGAUGCAUCCGGAUCUGCCAGAGCCGGAGCCGGUAUCCGGCCGGAAGAUGCGUGUGGUCGAGGGCGAGGACACCAAUGCCUAUUGGCGGCAGCAGGGCAUUGAUUUCGUGCAGCAGAAGGUCUCCUCCGAGCCCAACAAGCGCCAGGCCAAGAACGUGAUCCUUUUCCUGGGCGACGGCAUGGGCGUGACCACCACCUCGGCCUCGCGAAACCUUCUGGGCGGCGAAGAGAAGUCUCUCUCCUUCGAGAACUUCCCCUACUCGGGCCUCUCGAAGACCUACUCUGUGGAUAAGAUCGUUCCGGACUCGGCCUGCACGGCAACGGCUUACUUGUGCGGAGUGAAAGGUCAGGAGGGCACCAUAGGUGUAAAUGGACAGGUGCCACGCACCGACUGCACCGUCAUGCUGGACGAAAGCACCCACGUGGACUCUAUUGCCAAGUGGGCGAUGGAUGCUGGCAAGUGGGCUGGUCUGGUGACCACCACCCGUGUGACGCACGCCUCGCCCUCCGGCGUUUACGCCCACAUCGCGGAACGGGACUGGGAAAACGACGCGGAGGUUGCCGGCGACUGUGGAGCCGACUCCGGCAUCCGGGACAUUGCCUACCAGCUGGCGCGCGGAGAGGUGGGCAGCAAACUGAAGGUGAUCAUGGGCGGUGGACGCAAGCACUUCGUGGAUGCCAGCCUAGCGUCCUGGGGAAAGCGGAACGACGGCCUCGACCUCAUCGAGGAGUUCCAGUUGGGCAGCGCAAAGAAUGCAUACGUUACGACCCUGGAUGAACUGAAUGCCGUGAAUCUGGCAGAGACAGACCGCCUCUUGGGGCUCUUCAACGAGGAUCACCUGCAGUAUCGCAUGGAGACCACCGAGGACAGCCAGCAGCCCACUUUGGAGCAGAUGACCCGCAAAGCCAUCGAGUACAUGAGCCAGAGCGAGAAUGGAUACUUCCUGUUCAUCGAGGGCGGACGCAUCGACCAGGCCCACCACAUUAACCAGGCGAGGAUGGCCCUGAACGAGACCAUUGAGUUCUCCAAGGCCAUUGCCGCCGCCCAGGAGUUGACCAGCGAGGACGACACCCUUUUGGUGGUCACCGCGGAUCACUCUCAUGUGUUUACAUACGCCGGAUACGGGUACCGUGGCGAGGACAUCUUCGGAGCGGCUCCUGUGACAGGACACGACGGUCAUCCCUACAUGGUUCUGAGCUAUGCCAACGGACCCAGCUACGAGAACUUCUACGAUACGGUGACCAAGGAGCGCAAGGAUCCCACCACGGUGGUGAAGGGAGAGCACGACGACGAGUUCCCAUCCGGAGUGCCCAUUGAUAUGGACUCGCAUGGCGGCGACGAUGUACCAGUCUUUGCCCUGGGUCCCUGGUCCAAUCUGUUUACGGGUGUCUACGAGCAGAGCACCAUCCCCCACCUCAUGGCCUACGCAUCCUGCCUGGGCGAUGGACACACUAUGUGCAGCUCUUAAGGAAGUCAGAGAUUAUUAGAACUUAAA